GAGAAAAUUCCAGACGGCGAGUCGCAGGCAGAAAGUCUCGGAAAGCAGCUGGAGAAGUUGACGGAGCAUUGCGAUUCUGGUUUAGCCACCUCUGUCCGCAUGGAACAUUCGGCCAUUGUUGAUAGAAUCAGCAACUUGCACGCUGCUCUUGAAACAUGGCGUAAAUUCCUAGAGGGCAUACUGGAGGUAACAGAAUCGUAUGAAACACAGAUGACCAACGUGCAACAAACGUUUGCUGAGUUGAACACACUGCUUGUCGGCGAGAUGGGACAGUGCGAUGAGCCUACUCCGAUCUCUCUGUCUAAAAUCCAACAGAGAUUGGACAAUGUAAAGAGCGCCCAGGAGCGAGUGAAAGGCCUGUCUCUUGAGCUGGACUCACUGGGAGUGCUGCAAGGCCAGCUGAAGGAGUCGGUGAGCCCAGUCGACAUGAAGGCCAUCAACCAACGCAUGUGGCUGCUUCGGCAGCAGCAGGCUGACCUUGACCAUCAGCUCACUCUGCUCAUCUACCAGCUCGAGGAGAAGAUGCAGCUGAGCGGCAUGUUUGACAAGAGACAAAAACGAUUCCUGACAUGGGUGGACGAGAUAGAGUCGCGCAUCGAAGGCCUGUCGCAGGAGCAGGGAGCGGAGGGGCGGACCAGGUGCUGAGGCGGCUGGAGACUGAGCUGCAGGCGGAAGUGGUGCUGAAGCGGCGGGAGGUGGAGUGGCUCACGGAAGCGGGAAGCCAGCUGGCGGCAGCGGAGUCGGACGACAGUCGGACGGAUGUCGCUGGCAAGUUGGACGACAGUCGGCCGAAUGUCGCCGGCAAGUUGGCCGCUGUCACCGAUGCCUGGGAACGGCUGCAGCAGCUCACCAAUGCAAGGGCCAACAAGCUCAGGCAUAUUAUACAGGGUAUGAGCCAGCUGGAACUGGAGAUCGAGGAGCUGCGAGGCUGGCUGCAUUCUGUGGAGGUUCAGUUGGCCACUCCGAUCCGAUUGGACGAGUGCACCAAAGACGACUUCGACAAGAAACUCUUGCAGCACGAAGAACUCCAGACAAACAUAGAAAAGCAUAGUAGAAAGAUUGGGGAUGUCCUCAACUUUUUUGAACUUCUUCUAAACGACUGUGACAAUUGCAGAAUCGCUCUCAGCACUGAAGGAAUUACAUCGACGAUGAAGACUUUGGAAAAGAGAUGGAUGAACGUGUGCGUGCUAUCGGCGGAGAAGAAGCGGCAAAUGCUGACCCUGUGGGCGCUGCUGCAGGAGGUGUUGAAGGGCUGCGAGGCUCAAGAGGAGUGGCUCGCCAAGCAGGAGUCCUGUCUGGCCCAACUCAGUCGGCAAACCGAGGGAGCCCGCUUUCAACAUCUCGGACAGCUCAUUGCUGAAGUCGAGGCGGUAGAAACAGAGAUAGAAUGUCGUCGCCCUGCACUGUCCCUGUUGGAGCAAUCGUACUCCCGACUGACAACUCAGAACUUUGUCGAGAACCUGACUGUAAACGUGCGUUCAGUGCUGCAGAGAUGGUACGACCUGGCAAGCUGCAGCUCCGAACUACUCAUCAAACUCAACGCUGCUUUGCAAAAAUGGAGAGAAUUCGCCAAUGCUCACGGUCGUGCUGUGUUAGCUCUGACUCAGGCUGAUGUGAGAUUGACUGAAGUGCAGUACUUGGACUCCCCUGAAUGCAGUCAAGACGAGGCGCAGAGGCAUAAAAUGAAACAAAUACAGCUUUUGAGAGCAGACCUGCGCAGUCAUGAGGAGUUGAUGAAGUUGGCUGACAUUUCGGGUGAAGAACUGCUGGAGACGUGUGUCUCUGCUGAUGUGCCCGAAAUUCAGCUGAUGAUGCAAGAGUACCACAAUCUCUUUGGUGACCUCAAAACACGUCUGGAAGCGUUUGAGAUCGAGUGUGAAAAAGAACUGAAGAAAAAACAGGUUGUGAGCGAAGGAGUGCAAGUUGAAACGUUGAGAUUCGAAACGGACUCUUCGGUUCAAGUGAAUACUCUGCCGGUCACUGUAUUGAGGCAAGACGCCUACCUGCACGAGUUGAGGGCCACCAUUAGGGAGAGUCAGGACAACCUGGACAAACUGCAGAAGAUGCAGCCUGUCGCUGGAAAAUCUAUGAUAAGAGCAGUGAAAUCGUGCCAAUCGAGUGUGGAGCUUGCCAAACAUCUGUGCCACCUUCUCCAAGAGCAGUGCAACCUGAGAGCAGACGACGCAUGCGUCACUGAAGUCGACGAACUGUCCAACCGGUUGGAUAUUCUCCUGUCCAGGGUUCAAGAACAGGAACGCCAGAAUCAAGAAUCGAGCAACAGCGCGCGACUGACCUGCCCCCUGUGUUCACACCGCAACUGGCAGCAGCUGGAGAAUGACAUCUGGCGACUGGAGCAGUGGCUGCAACAUUCUGAGGCCACUCAGUCGCUCUACCCAGCUACACCUCCCACCAACAUUGAACAACUCGAAGACACCGUGCAAGAUCUAUGGGAGAUGCUCCUGAAUCUAGACAGCCACAAGAGUCUGGUGGUGUCACUGAACAUAGUGGGGAAACACCUGGCAGAACACACAGAGGACGAAGUGAAGGCCAGCGAGCUGAGAGAGAGGCUGGCGAGGAUCAACCAUCGCUGGGAUAUGGUGUGCGCCGAGUCGUCCAGGUGGCAGAAUAUGCUGCAGACUGCACUCAUGGAGAACGAGGAGUUCCACGAGACAAUAAUGAAUCUUGUAGCUUGGUUGGAAAAAACUGAAAACUCAAUUCGUAUGACAGAGCCAGUUGAUUUGGCUGAGGAUAGACAGAUUAUUCAAGCAAAGUACAACAAGUUCAAAGAUUUGCAUCGAGAUCUGGAAAGAUGCGAGCCGAAGGUGAUGUCGCUGCAGGAGACGGCCAAUCACGUGCUGCGCAACACCGGUCCCCAAGAUGGCGGCCAAGACGUGUGUGCCAACCUCACCAACCUGCGUCUGAAGCUGCACUCUCUGAUCCGGCUGACCGGCGUCUAUGUGCUGAAACUGGGCGCCACCCUCGGCCAUCAGCCUUCCGAGCUCGUCACCAUUGUCUCCCGGAACAUACCGCUGAACAGUCUCGCUAGUGAACUUUUGGACGAAGCAGCAGGUGGUGCUCCUCGCCUUGAUCUGCAGACUGCAACGGACGAAGUUGACACAACCGUUCUGACAAGGAGCUACCGAUUCCUGGGCCGCGUGCUGCGCGCGUCUCUGCCCAUCCAGGCGCUGAUGCUGCUGCUAUUGGGCGUCGCGACGCUCGUGCCUGUCAGUGAGGACGACUACUCCUGUCUCCUCAGGAACAAUUUCGCGCGAAGUCUGGAACCGAUGCUGCGAUAUGACAAUGGACCUCCGCCCGUCUAAACGACCAAGAAAUCAACGAUCAAGGAUGGUUCACUAGUUAAUCCUUGAUUAACUGAUUGAUCAAGAACUUUCCUCAAGUCAAUCAAGAACAACUAAUGACACAAUAACUGAUCGAUCAGUACAACAAUUGAUGUUAACAUUACUUCAUCAUUGACAACAAAAAUUCAUCAAUGUAAUCAAAAAUACAUCAAUGACUACUUCUAAACAAUUGACUGGCACUUUACCCAACCUAAAUAAUUGAGCUUGAAAGAUGAGCUCCCUAAAUCAUAAAGAUAUUGAUUGUUAUGCAAUGCAUUAUAUAUUACAGGGAUAAUUGACAAGAACUUACAAAGUUGCAAAACUUAAAUUAUGUUUAGAAAGUUACUAAUCGGAUUAAAUAAUCCGAAAUAAAAUAGUUACUAAUUGGAAACAUUGCAAUACACAUGUGAACUUUCUGAAAUAUUGAGAUCAAUUAUUAUCUUAUAAGUGUAAGUAAAUUUGAAAACAUCAUAUUGUUAACUUUGUGCUGUUAACAUGGAUAAAUAUUUAUCAGUCGACAUCCAUCUAACAACCUUAUUUAUAAUAUUUAAUGAGAGUAUCUUACGCUGAAAUGUACCAAGCAUGUAUAAAAUACCUGAUUUAAACAUGUAAAGGAGAUGAGAUUGAAACAAAUAUUGUUAUCAAAAUUCACCGAUCAUUACUGUUGUGAAUAUUCAGAAUCAUGAUGAAUUUAUCUCAUGUAUCAUUGCUGUAGCUUGAAGAUGCGUUUGAAGCAAAUUAUUGAACUGUAAUUUUGAUCUUCAAUUAUUGUAAAUAUCCAGAAAAUCCAAACGAAGGAUCGAAGGAUAAUAAUCAUCACGUCAAAAAGACGAUGUUUAGCUCUUCCUAAAUCCUAAUAUUAUGUCAAUUCCUACAAUUGUAGUUACUUAGGCAAAUAUUGCUAGUGAUUCAUCUUCCAGCGAUGAAGCUAUACUUUGGAACAGAUUGUGAGUCGCAAGAAUGAAAUUUUUCCAUUUAAUGGUUGUGAUUGGGUUGAGAAUUGCCUGGGUCUAGUUAUUCAUUUCUUGGAUGGUUAUUGGAAAAGAAAAUAUUACUGCAGUUAUUUUUAUCUGUUUUUAUUGUAAAUUUAGAUUCUUUGCUCCGUCCUUUUAAUAAUUGUUUUACGGUGUGGGUGAAUUAAUUUAAGACCAUUUUACAGUCGUUGGGAUCUGACUAAUUUAUGAAUUUAUUUUGUCAAUAAAACUUUUAUUCUUCCAUUAAUUCAUUGUACAGUAUUUUAUUGUUUUAAAUUAUAUUUCGGCCCAGUGAUAACGGAUAUGAGCUUAUAAAGUUACUAAAUGAAUAAAGUAAGAUGUUGAAGAUAUUACAAUGCAGCCAGUCCAUGCCAGCAUGGUCCGGCCUGCUGUAAAUAAGCUAGUUCAAGUUGUAUAAUUAAGUCUACCAAUAGUUUUCUACAUUUUCUAUAAUGUUUAAUAUAUAUUUUUGUUACCAAAUUUUGUAUUAUUGAUCAUGCGCUUUCUUCAAAAAUUUCAACUGUAUGGUUGAAUUCUGGUGGCUACUUAAAUUAUUUGUAUGCGAUCUUAAUGUGUGAAUGUUAAAACAUAAAUGUUACUGUUCAUGUAUAGGAGUGGAACACUAUACAUAACUAAGAUAUUUGUGUACCAGACAACGAUUCGAUACAUUAUACCCGAACGAACACCCUUCUCAACUAGAGAUUAAAAAGCGAAUAGAACAAAGAAAUAACAGUUAGAAUUAGUUGGAUUUUCCUCUCAAUUCAUUUCGUUUCUAUUUUAAUUCGUUGUAAAGUAGAUGGCUAACAUGAACAGGCAAUGAAAUGUUUGUAGUUCCCCCCUCCAUUUCGACUUGAAUAAUUGUCAAUGAGCUUUUACGAUUAAAUCUCUUGAAUUAUCAAAAUUAUCCUGUAACCUUACCUACAAUAUUUUCAAUGCCUGUUUGUGACCAUCUAUUUCUUGAUAAAUGUAUUAAUUUAAUGUGUCAGUUUGUUCAUGAAAAUGUAUAUCACUUUUAUUUUUUCUGUCUUCCAAAAUGAUUCUCUUCAGAUCAUGUCAUUUGUGAAGUUUUAUGCUAACCUAUUGUGCCUGCUACAUUUAAAAGUAACUUUUCAUAAUGAUUGUGUUGUUUAGUAUGUAGGGGCAUUUUGCCAAAUUUCUUAUUUCUGUUGCUGUUACUCGAGAAACUAUGUCAGCAUGUCCAAUACAAUGAACAAACCCAUUAAUAAAUUAUUAAAUUGUUCAA